GGUAAGCCCGAGUGUAGCUCGGGGUAAAAUUUCAGUACCAAGAUUGGUAACCCUGAGCUACACUCGGGCUUACCAUGCGGCGUUCUCCGGGGGUCCCUGCAGCACUUACCUUGUCCUUCGCUCCCACGAUGUGUCCCCUGCAGCGUCCCCGGCCAUCUCCUCCGGCCGAUGCCAGCAUCUGGCUUGUGUUCCGGUCCCUGUGACGUCGGGACGUACGGGCGCCGGAACCGGCGGGAAAUUUGAAAUUUUAAAAAAAU